UCCGGCUCCAGCAGUAGGCCGGAGCCAGCCGUUCCGGUGCCCGCCAGCUCCUGGGGAUCGGGUGCCGUCGGGACCGGAAUGGCGAAGCGGCUCCUCGCCGCCGUGCUCCUCGUCGCGGCUCUCGCCUGCGGCGGCGCCCACGCCGAGUUCAGCAGGCACAGCUUCCCCAAGGACUUCGUCUUCGGCACCGGCUCCGCGGCGUACCAGUACGAGGGCGCCUACAAGGAAGGAGGCAAAGGGCUCAGCAUAUGGGACAACUUCACUCACAUCCCAGGAAAAAUCUUGAACAACGAUAACGGCGACGUGGCAGAUGACAUGUACCACCGAUACAAGGAGGAUGUGCAACUCCUCAAGGACAUGAACAUGGACGCCUUCCGCUUCUCCAUCGCCUGGACCAGGAUCUUUCCAAAUGGUUCCCUGAGCGGUGGAGUGAACAAAGAAGGUGUGGCCUUCUACAACAACCUCAUCAACGAGGUCCUAGCCAAAGGGUUGAGGCCAUUUGUCACCAUCUUCCACUGGGACACGCCCCUGGCCCUGGAGGAGAAGUACGGAGGCUUCCUCAGUGAAAACAUCAUCAAGGACUACGUGGACUUCGCCGACGUGUGCUUCCGCGAGUUCGGCGACCGCGUCAAGGACUGGACGACGUUCAACGAGCCCUGGACGUACGCGCAGCGUGGAUACGCCGUCGGCCUGUUCGCGCCGGGGCGGUGCUCGCCGCACGUCUCCAAGUCGUGCUUCCCCGGCGACUCGGCGCGGGAGCCCUACGUCGUGACGCACAACAUCCUCCUCGCCCACGCCGAGGCCGUGGCGCUGUACCGCGCCAAGUACCAGGCGGCGCAGCGCGGGCAGAUCGGCAUCACGGUGGUGACCAACUGGUACGUGCCCAACACCGACUCCGCCGAGGACCGCAGGGCCGUGCAGCGCAGCCUCGACUUCAUGUACGGCUGGUUCCUCGACCCCAUCGUGCACGGCGCGUACCCGGGCACCAUGACCAGCUUCCUCGGCGACCGGCUGCCGGGGUUCACGCCGGAGCAGAUCAAGCUGGUCAAGGGCUCCUACGACUUCAUCGGCGUCAACUACUACACCGGCUACUACACCUCCGCCGCGCCCGCGCCCAACGGGCUCGAGCAGUCCUACGACACCGACAUCCGCGCCAACACCUCCGGGUUCCGCAACGGCGUGCCCAUCGGCAAGCCGGAGUUCGUCUCCAUCUUCUUCAACUACCCGGCGGGCCUCCGCGAGCUCCUGCUCUACACCGCCCGGCGCUACAACAACCCCGUCAUCUACGUCACCGAGAACGGCAUCGCCGAGGGGAACAACAGCACCCUCCCGCUCAGGGAGGCGCUCAAGGACGGCCACCGGAUCGAGUUCCACUCCAGGCACCUGCAGUUCGUGAACCACGCCAUCAAGAACGGGGUCAACGUCAAGGGCUACUUCACCUGGACCUUCAUGGACUGCUUCGAGUGGGGGGACGGAUACCUCGACCGCUUCGGCCUCAUCUUCAUCGACCGCCUCAACGGGCUCAAACGCUACCGCAAGCAGUCCAGCUACUGGAUCGAGAAGUUCCUGAAGCGGUAGACGAGUUGCAGCCCACUGGUCACGACGAGGUCCGUCCAUGUCGAUCUCAUCCUGUUUCGAGUUUCGACUAGCUGCUGGUGCCACGUCGUUGCUGCUGCCAUAGCAUCUUCUAGCUCGUUGCCGAGGGGCCGGCCGGGGUGUAUUUGUUUGCAGAGAGGGAUUGCUGUUUUGUGGGUCUGUAGUCUACUAUGGGUUGCUGUUGCUGUCGUCGUGUGUGCUUGCAGAGAGGGAAAUAAAGCUCACUUCGGAGCUAUCUGUCAGUCGAACGUACGUGUACUGUAGUUCAGUUCCUCUCAUCAACCAGAAUAAACCAAGUACAGCUGUGAGCAGGCUUUGAUCAAUUGAUUUGCUACUUAA